GGAGGUUUGUAGUCACGAACAGCAGACAAACUAACAAACGAAUUCAAAGCCGUUGUCUGGAAAGCUCAUUCUCUCUUGAUCAAGAUUCCCAAGGACUGGUGAGGGAGACAGAAGGUUAUCCAGAGAUCCAGUGGUGUACAGGAGGAGCCCAGUUGGACAGUCAGUCACGAGGGACUGGACAUCACAAGUAGUCAGAACUUUCUUUGCUCCCUGUCCAUGGUUUCCCUGACAGGAUGAGUGCCUGCAUCGCAAGCUUCUUCAGCUAUGAGACCACCAAGUCGGUGGUGGUCAAGAGCUGGACCCUUGGCUUGAUCAACCGCAUAGUGCAGCUGCUCAUCCUUGCCUACUUCAUUGGCUGGGUGUUCCUGCAUGAAAAGGCGUACCAAGUGCAGGACACGGCCAUCGAGUCCUCGGUCGUCACAAAGGUCAAAGGGUCGGGCGUUUACAAUAAGACGAUUAUGGACAUUACAGAUUUGGUCAGUCCUCCACAGGGAAGUUCAGUGUUCUCCAUCAUCACAAAUAUGAUCAUCACUGAGGACCAGAAGCAAGACCACUGCCCUGAGAGGAACCCAAAGUACAACUGCACUGGCGAUGCUGAAUUCUGCGUGCAACACAGGAACGCGUCUGCCGAAAACGGUAUUAUGACUGGCAGGUGUGUGAAUUCCAGCAACUCUGUCGACUCCUUCUGUGAAGUAAAGGGCUGGUGUCCCACUGAGAACGACACCGUUACCACAAGUCCCAUAAUGGAGGUGGAGAACUUUACCAUCUUCAUCAAAAACAACAUCCGCUUCCCAAUGUUCGGCUUCGCCAAGGGUAAUUUGCAGCCCGACAUCACUCAGGAUUUCCUGAAGACCUGCUCAUUUCACACGCAGGACAAUAUCUACUGCCCUAUUUUUAAAGUGGGGGAUGUGCUGCGAUUUGCUCAGCAGGAUUUUUACUCGAUCGCCAAACACGGAGGCGUGGUUGCGAUAAAAAUCGGAUGGGUGUGCGACUUGGACAAAUCGGAGGAGUUCUGCAACCCCUCAUACAGCUUCGUGCGCCUGGACAAGAAAAACAACGUGUCCAAAGGGUACAACUUCAGGUACGCCAAAUACUACAAGGCGGAAAAUGGGACCAAGUACCGCACGCUGAUCAAGGCCAUUGCCAUCAGAUUCGAUGUGAUCGUCUACGGCGCCGCUAGGAAAUUUAACGUGAUCCCAACACUCAUCAACAUUGUGGCCGCUCUAACCUCAGUGGGAUUGGGCACCGUUCUCUGCGACAUCAUUCUGCUGAACUUCCUGAAGGGGGCACAGCAGUACAAGGCCAAAAAGUUCGAGGAGGUCGAAGAGGAAGAGCUGGAGAAGCAGACGAUGAAACUGACCUCUACGCUCGACAGCAUCGUCGAUUAACGUCCCGGGGGGGGCGACCCGUGCUGCAUUCUGUACAGCUACACUUGCUAUACUCAUUCACACCCCAGUAGGUUUUCCUUCUUUCAACUUGCCGCAGAGCCAUCGCUUGGUGCGGCUUGUACCGCGUCAGGGGUAAACGUGGGGCUAGGGGUCCCGGCGCUCUGUGUCACCGAAUUGGAAAUGCAGAAUCCAUACAAGAACCGUAAUGUGCGAAUGAAGCUCUGGAUGGAAAGCCAGUCUGAGAGCGCUCUUCCAUGUUGGCCACAUCAAGCUGCCACCACUGUUUCUGAUAUUUUCUUACAUUCCUAUUCAUAACUAAG